GCGGCCAUCGCACACUGACGUCACGGGGCGGCGCGAGGCGAGUAGCGGUGACUCCUCAGGCAUGUGAGAUAACGGGAUCUACUCACGCUGCUCGCUGUUUACCUACGCGUGUGCGCGUGUGUGUGUUUGGUGGCAACUCUCAGUCCCUGCUCUCGCUAAUCUGUGCGAGAUCUCGCGUUGAUUCCAUCGAUCCAGCGGUGAAAGGAGAGAGAAAACUUGCUGCAGUCGCUAAUCUCACGGGGGAUGUGAGGUGUGUGUGUGGCUGGCUGCAGUUACCCGCAGGAUCUGAACGCUGGUUCCUUUGCUGCAAAACCUCGGCAGCAUCCGGCCUCAGGCUGAACAGCGCUGAUUGCAGCAAAAGCAGACUGGCGUAAGCAGACAUGUGUCGAAAACACAAAGUGCUGGAAACAAGGAGACGGGGCAUCAAUGAGGAUGUGAACGUCUGUCACUGAAAAACAACAACAACAACAACUGUUGUCGAGUGCCCUGUGUGCGAGGUGUGCAUACCUCCGUCUUCCAGCGCCGACCUUCGGAAGGACAACCUGUCUUCUCCUUAAAGGCCAAGAUUAUAUCCUACGACUGAGCUCGCCCCAGGUCAGUAAGGUGGUCUGACAGCCGUACAGCGGGAUGACGAGCUGUUGCGGGGUGACUAGCGUUCAGGCGACCUGCAUACUCGUGCUGCUGCUCCUAGCCGCCGACCGCGCACGAGCUCUGGAUUGCUUGGUCUCGACCAACGAACGGAUCGUCCAAGUUGUGUGUGGACCUGUGGAAACAUGUUGCGGUCUGCAGUGCUGUGCAACCAGUGGUCACUUCUACACUCACUGGUAUUUCUGGCUUGCGGUGAGCAUGCUCCUUUUUGUCUUCAUCAUCUUCGCUGUGUCUGCGUGUCGUCAUUUCCGGAAAGAGCGGAUGUUCGCCGGACCCUUCUGGACAAACUCUAAACCUGUUAUCAGAUAUAACCAUUGUAGAACCUGCCAUGUUCCACUGGCAGAUUCUUUGCCAUCGCCCGUGCUUGUGGACGUGCCAGGAACUGUCAACAGCGACUCGGAGCAGUUGUGUGUGGAACUGUUGCCACCUCCGUACAGCGACGACCGCAGCAACAGCAGUGCCAGCAGCUUGAAUGACCAGCUUCCUCCAUCCUACAGCGAGGUGAUGCUGCAUGACCUCGCAGACGGCGACACCGUCGCUAAGCUCUUCACUCCUGACCCGCUGAAUGUCGCCGGACCCUGGCAAAAUGGCGUCAGUCGCCCUGGCGACGUGGGCUGAGGACGACACUCGCAGCAAUGCUUGUUCUUUAUUCCAGAGAUCUGUACAUAAUUACAUGUACAUAAUUCUAUGUACCCUUUACAGAUCUUUGCUUUGUCAGAGUACCCGAGAGUGCUGCACAAGCAAAGAGAAAAUUGUUAUUCGAAGUAUCAUUCCAUCAGAAAAUGACUGUCAUAGCAUAUUUAUGUUUUGUGGAGGCUUGCAUUUAUCGGUACUAUGCAUUUACAAAGGUUUCUUGUAUCGGGAGAGUUGAUGACAGAUGAUAAUCACAGAGACCUGUGACAGAGCAACGAAACAGAGUAUCUCUCUCCCAUCCUAUCUCUCUCAUUCUCUCUCUCUCUCUCUCCCUAUUUCUCUCUCGUCCCCGAACCAGUAAAAUAUUCUGCUUGGUAAACAACUUAGUAAAGCAUUCUACAUUAAUUAUUUAUUGUUAUUGAAUUCAUACCCUGCAGUGAUUCAGGGUUAGGAAAUAAACAAUCUCAACUGCAGGCAUCAGCAAUUCUUGCCGGGAAACCAUGAAUAAUCCUAAACCGUUCCUGAUAAUUUAGGACAGGAACAAAUUCCCAGAGAAAAUUGGCUCCGCCACGUCUUUAUCGAUUGCUGCUACUUUCAUGCAAGCCAGAAAUGGCGCCGAGCUUUUAGGCUAACAGAUGUAUCCCUUGUGUCACCAUGACCCACAACUGUUUACUGUUUUAUUGAUUAUUGUAAUUUAAUAAUCGCUUCUUCCGGCUUCCCCCCUCCAAAUACAUGCACCACAUGAGGCAAUCAAAACAACAAACCUCCAUGACUCCAUCACCUGGACAAUUUUCUCCUUCUUGAGAGUGAAAUACUACAAAAUUUAUUCUGCCUGUCGGAAUGUCUUAUGAUCUGUCUCUAUAUGAUCAUCUGCUUAAUCAUCUAACAGAAUCCCGCAGUGUCUGUAAUAUGCGAGGAUUUUUGUAUCUAGGCAACUUAAUAGGUUUUUUCAUGUAAAGACUAGAACCCAUUGUAGAAACAGUCGUUUAUACUUUUCAGGAUUCGAACCAGAUGCUUGUUCAAAGCCAUUCUUAAUCGUAAAAAUAUAGAGUAAUGUUUCACCAACUUUGGAAAAGUUUUUACAUGAAAUAACAUUUAUGUAGCAAAAUUCCACAGUUUUUAUCUGAAAUAACGUUUAUGCAACAUAAAUCCACAGUUUGUAUAUGGAAUAAUUUUUAUAUAACAUAGCUCGGUCAAAAGUUGGUCCAGAUAUUUGAAUGAUUAAGAAGAGUUUUAAAGUCUAAUAUUCGAGUGCUCAUCACAGUGACGGUCACAAAGCAAGGGUUGUUGUGAUUUGUAGAUGUAAACAGUCCUUUACAAAAUGGCAGUCAACGGUCUGUGUCUUCAGCUUCUGUCUUGUACAGUGUGUGCAGGCGGCAAUCCCGCUAUAGACCAUCUCUGAGGCGAGCACGCCGCUGAUAUGUCCAGCCAUAGACGUGGUCGGAUGUCCUUAGUUAAUUAAUCAGAUUAUUGGUUCCACCUAGAGAUGAUUAACAGAGACGACGUGUGUGUGUGUGGGGGGGGGGGGUGGUGAUGAAAGUGAGACUUAAUUCCUGUUUUCAUGUAGAUAUGUUAGCCUACAGUAAAACUGGUUUCGUUUUGCGUCGUUUUCAAGAAUCUAUCGAUGACUGCGUUAAAUAAUGAUUUUGUUGACAUGUAGAGUUCCUGUGUGUGCACAUUUGUAUCUUGUCAGCGUGUCGACUGGCUUCGAUCUCUCCCCCAGCUAUCGUUCUGAGUGAUAAUCUCGGUGAUGCUCUCACUUCUUUUCCCUCUCUCGCAAGUCCUGUGUUGAGGUGACGAUGCAACGAGUAUCACGUGUGUUACAUUCCCUUUAUUUCGUCGCCUCCCCUCUAUCCUCCUGAACAAAGGCUUUCAACAUAGUGGGAAGUUCCAUUUGUGUAAUUGCUGUCGAGUUCUCGUGCAUGCUACCAUGUGCAGGAAUUAUAUAAUCGUGUCUAACUUUACGUUUGUUCAGCGGCAACUCUUACACAGGAGCCUAAUAUUUGCUACAUGGCGUCUAAUUAAUUGUGAUAAGGUUUGCCAAGCAUAAGUUCAGCCAACCAUUAAAAUCAAACGCAGGUAGUUCAGUUUUUGUGCUUACCUUGAUUUGGUAUGUCACAAAAGGUAACACUUUUUGCAAAACAAACUUUUUACCAAAGAAAAUUGACUAUUAAUGUUUGUAUACUUGACCAGCGCGUGCGUCAAAAUUGGUUAGUCCGAUCUUCUGCUGAAAGAUUAGCUCGGGAUGUCGACAGUUUGGCAUACAGCAUACAUGUAUAUAUAUUCAUAAAAAGUCAUUUAAUUAUGUCUCUGGUGUUUCAGGCAGUUAUAUUCUACUACGUUUAUUGACUACUUGCAGGUUUUUAAACGUGGAAACUGCAUGGCCAGUGAGUUGGGGGUUUUUUGUUUUUGUUUGUUUUGUUUUGGUUUUUUGGUUUGUUUUUUGCAAUUAUAAGUGAUGCUUUAUUUGAAAUACGUGUAACGGAGUGUGAUAUGGUAUGUUGUUAAAAAGAAAGUGUGAUGACAAGCGUAUAUAGUUUCAGUUCUUAUUAUAUAGUUUGUUAAAUUCUUUUUGAAAAUGGAAAAAGUUGAUUUUAUUAAAGAAAUUUAUUUUUUUCUUUGAA